AUGAAUUGGUUCAAGAAGCCGACUCUAGAAGACCAACUUAUUGAUUUAAAAUUUACAUCAAAGCAGCUUCUUACAUUCGCUAAGAAAUGUGAAAAAGAGGAGAAACAAGCUAAAGAUCAGCUUAAAAAAGCAAUUCAAGCUGGAAACAUGGAUAUAUCUCGAAUCUACGCUGAAAAUGCUAUCAGAAAGAAAAACGAAGGUCUUAAUUACAUGCGCAUGUCCUCUCGAAUCGAUGCUGUAGCAGCAAGAGUUCAAACGGCUGUUACAACCCAAUCAGUUACCGCAUCAAUGGGCCAUGUUGUUAAAGGAAUGGCCGCUGCCAUGAAAUCCAUGAACUUGGAAAAGGUUUCCAAUCUUAUGGAUAGUUUUGAAAAGGAGUUCGAAAAUCUUGAUGUCCAAUCACAGGUUAUGGAAGGAACUAUGAACAACACAACAUCACUAAAUGCUCCUUCUGCAGACGUCGACAACCUCAUGCGAGAAGCUGCGGAUGAAGCAGGAAUCGAGUUAGAUUUGAAUCUUCCUAGCGGUGUGAAUUCCACAAUUGCUGCUCCCAGUUCUUCAAUUCCUGCGGAAGAACAAGAUCUAUCGGAUCGUUUGGCCCGUUUACGAGGAGUUUAA